GAACGAGUUUAAUUUCCAGAAGCUUGGGGAUGUUUAUGUGGCUGUUUUAAUCCCUUUGGAGGUUUUAUUUCUGACAGGCUGAGCAAGAAGGAGAAAGAAAAUGGACGAUGCAAGCAAACAGCCACAAUCAUUUGGGGGUGGGCAACAGAGAAAUCACCAUCCCAGACCUUUUUUCUAUGUCCAGCCACCAUCUCAGCCCUACUACCUCUAUCCACAGUGGCAGCUCAACAACCCAUACAGUCACUUUGGUCUGCCUGGAGCUUUUAACUUUGGCCGCCCCUGCAUGCACCCUUACCAGUACAUGCAAUAUCCUGGCUUUGUUUUACCACAUGCUCCUAUUUACCCGAUGGAUUACAGGCGAAUGUUUGAGCCUCGCUUCCACACUCCUGUCUGGGGCGACGUACCUCACCAGCAACAGCAUCACUACCAUCCACAGCCUCAUGGCCGUCGGGAAACGGCCUGCUCGGGGGCCCAAACUGACCCCAGCGACGCUAUAACCAAGCUCAUAGAGUGCCUGGAUAAAAUUCGAGCCAAUGAACUGCAGGGCGCCGAACGAGAACUCGACUCUGGAAUUGCGUCCCAGUCCUCAGGAAUGUUUUCUCCAGAAGAAGAAAAGAAGAAUGAAGAGCAGGCUCACAUGUUGCGUUCAGAGUCCCCUACUGUGACCUUCGGCGAAUCCACUGCAGCCGAUGAGUCCAGCCAAAUGAUCUUAGACACCCUGAGCGCUCAGGGAUGUUGGGCAGGAAGACUGGAAGAGGAACUGCCCCUUGAUAGCUCCUCUGUCCAUGAGGAGUGUCCUGAGGGCAAGCGGUCAGCAGUAGAUGAAGGCUUCCUCCAUCUUGGGAAAGAAGAGGUCAUGGAUAUCCAGUCAGAUGUCUCAGUGACUGAUCAAUGUGUUCCCAGAUGUGAUGCUGAGGAGCCACGUAACACCACUCCAGCUUCACUUGCCAUUUCCUCCAUUCAGCCAUCGGUAAAGGAAUCUAAAAACAGUGACCACGUCUCAAAGGUGGAACAUCCAGCAGUGUCUUUGGAUGAAGCCAAAGCUGAUCAGAGCUACCGGAUCCUCAAGCUGCCGUUCGAUGAUGUUUUAACACCUGGGUCUGCUGGACCUGGCCACCUCUGCUCCCCGACUGCUCCUUACUACUACAACUACCUGUCCAUUCAGCCAACACACGAACGCAUGAGCGUCCUUAGUCCAUCUCUGGAUGAACUCUCCUCCAGAGAUGAAAUGUUCUCCACGGAUCUGGACGACGUGGACCUCUUUCCCCAGCACAUGUACGCAGGAAGGCGGCUCAGCAAUGUGAUUAGUGGAUCCCCCCGUGCUGCUGAGGAUGUAGAGGAAGUGUGGCGGCCAGGUACGAAGAGGUAUGUGUGCGCGUGUUGUGGGAAGAGCCUCGCUAAAGGGACUGGCAGGAGCAAAGUUCACAGCUCAAAGAUGUACAUGGACGAAGCUGGAGAUUCGGAGGAUGAGGGCAGAUAUGGACGAGGGUGCGAGCAGCCCAUCAGGGUGGUUGUGAGGAAGCAUUCUUCACCGAGGAAGACUCACCCUUUACCACAAAGGCAUGCAGCCAAGUCUUGGUAUAAGAGAGGCCUGUACAAAGAGCCCACUGAUGCAGUGGACCAGGAUGAAGAGAGAGAUGGUUGCAAGCAAGAGCCAGGUGAAGGUGAGGCUGGCGAGAUGGACAGCGGUGAGCUGCAGUGUAGGACCUGUCAAGAGAGGCUCUGCAGAGAGGAUCUGACUGAAGGUGAUGUGAUUACCAGGAGGAGACAAGAAACAAGUGCUCAGUGGAAAGUGAUGUACCACAGGCCCAGAGAUGAGGCCCGUGACGAUGACGAGCUGCCACCACACUGGGACAGAGGCUCUACAGUGAGAGGGGAACCGAGAUGUUAAUGUCCCUCGACCGACUUUUGAACAAAGUUUGUGGAUCUGUCCCCCAAAGGGUGUAAAUGUUCAAGGAUGUGUUUGGAGAUAUUUGGAGCACUAGGUGAAAUGCACUGCACAUGAGGCCUAUUUAUGUUUGGUGAAAAAAGUAAAAAAAAA